AACUGUGGAACUUAGUUACAAAUUAGAACCCAAUUGAGAGGACAUGAGGAGGAGAGACUUACUCAUAUGCUCCUUUUCCAUUCUGUGCCUCCUGGCUCAGUCUACACGUGAAAGCGCUUUCACACCUACAACUGGAGAUUCUGGACCUCUCAACCAGCAUGAUCAACUUAAGGUUAAGGAUAUACAUGAAAUGACGACAAGAUCAAGUAGAAAAAGCCAUGAAAGACCAUAUGGGAGAAUGCAUCAAGUUCAUCAUCUAAGGACUUCCCAGAAAGCAAGGGCAAUCUAUGGUGGUGCCUCUGACCUUAAGCGCCCCCGUACCAACCAUAAUGCAGCAAGCUCUAUACCCGUUAAAUCCACCCUCGCUUUAUUCCUCUCGGCACUGGCCAUGCUUAUAUUUACUUUGUAGUAAUUUUAAUUGCUUGGGUGAUUUCGCAAACAUGAUUGAGGACUCAAUGUGGAAGUUGUGAUAAAA